GAUUUGUCAUCACACAAACAGCUGAUUACAUUGUUUAUACCGGCCAACAACUAAAUAAAAAGAAACAAGCUAUUGAAAUGACUUCGACAAAAGUACAAAAUGAAACCAAGUAUCCUGUUUAUAUUGUACUGGGUUCUGGGGGGCACACCGCCGAAAUGUGCACCAUAAAUAUGGCGCUACUAAGUUCCGCUAGAGGCAAGGGAAUUUACAACCCACUCCGCUAUAUUAUAGCCAACGACGAUAUCACUUCCCGAAGCAGAAUAACAAGUGCCAUGCAAAAGGUUGGUGUGGCCCUAGAUGAUACAUCGUUUAUUUAUGUACCUCGUAGCCGCAAAGUGGGACAAAGCUACCUUAGCAGUGUAUUUACAACACUAUGGGCAUUAUUAUGGAGCAUUUGGCUUGUGUGGAGUGGUCAACCCAAGUUAUUACUCUGCAACGGCCCAGGAACAUGUGUACCAUUUUGUAUAGCAACUUAUAUUUGCAGACGAAUAAGGCGCUUGCCAAGUAAAACUAAAAUCGUAUUUGUGGAGAGUUGGUGCAGAGUACGUACACUUUCACUUAGCGGCAAACUGCUUCGCCCUUUUCUUGACUUACUGGUGGUCCAAUGGCCGGCGCUAGCCGAAAAAUAUAAAAACGCCAACAAUGUAAAGUACUUCGGAAAAAUUAUGUGAACAUGUACAAUAUAAUUUAUUUGGUGAAAAACAAGGCCUAGAAGUUCUAAUGAUGCCGCACAAGUAAUUAUGAAGAACUUUAGCAAAACGAAAACAAUGCAAAUUUUGUAAAAAAAAAAUAUAAAUAAUAAUAAACACAUAAAAUUUAACUUAA